ACAGGACACUUUGCAGAAAGGUGAUGCUCCCAGUAUACAGAGAUCCACGAUGCAGUUUUUUGCAGUGCAUUGUCAACCCAAAGAUUGAUAGGACUUUUCAGUAGCACUAAAGCCAAAGCUGAUACAUUUGCAACGUUAUCGCUAUGCCAAAACCACAUCUCCGACCGCCAGAGGCACUUUUGCCAAGUAUGAUGAUUUUUGCUCGGCCAGUCGGUCAGCUAUGGCAAAUGCGCUCGUCGUUCUACAGCUAGACACACAAUUCCCUCGCAUUCCUGGGGAUAUCGCUUGCAAAGAGACCUACUUGCUGCCCAUCCACAUUGAAGUGAUAGACCGGGCCCACGUGGCUGAUGUGGUUAGCCUUGACCCGGAAGCAUUGGACAUCUCAAGGUUUGCAUCUGCACUGGCAAAGGCAGAUGCGGAGAUCAUCAGCACUUCUUGUGGUUUCAUGGUUUAUUUCCAGAAGAUGCUCUCAGAACUAACACAGAAAACUUUUAUUAGCUCAGCCUUAGUUGCUUUGCCCAAGCUGCGGGCACGCUUCCAAGACGUUGAAAUCAUGGUGAUAACUUUUGACGCUGACAUUUUGGGUGCCCCUGCAUAUCGCUUUGCUCUAGAUGGGUUCACAGGGCCAGUUGUGGGCUUGGAAAAGUCUAUGCAUUUGUAUCAAGUCAUAUCAAAAGAUUUGGAUCAUCUGGAAUUGGAAUGUGCUGAAGCGGACAUGGACAAGUUGAUACAGACUGCCUUGACAUGCUAUCCUGAUAUCGGUGCCAUCAUGCUGGAAUGCACAAACUUGCCACCGUACAAGCAUAUUAUCAGGCGUCACUUCUCGGGUGAAAUUGUUGAUUGCCUCAGCGUACUCGAAGCCGCAUUUCCAGGCCUGGUCAAGAGUCAAUUUCUUGGCUAGCUAGGACGCGUGAACACAGCUUGUGUGCCCAACUCCCACCUCGAAAUAGGGAGCACCGGAGCAUCCCUGAACUGGCCCUGCACGGAUUUGGGUCCACCGACAAAGCCAGGGCACAACCGACCUACGGUGUGAGCGCAAACAGCAUGGCAACAGCAUGGGACAGGCUAAGACGGCUAAGCCUUGAUCGCAAGAGGGCGACUCACGAGAUAGCCUGGAAGAUACCAGCGAGAUCAUUGAGGCAAAAGCAGGCAGUUGCGCAGUCGAGGUUGGGAGGUUG